AAUGCCAUAAAAUUACUAUAAAGUGGGACAAAAAAUACUGACUUAUCAACAAUUCAGAUAUCACUACUCUUACUACAGUAGUUUCCACCAUGGAGCAGAUUCAGCACAAACAUGUACAAGUUGGGAGUCUAAAGCUUCACAUAGCAGAGAUCGGAACAGGUCACAAAGUAGUGCUUUUCCUGCAUGGUUUUCCAGAAAUUUGGUACUCAUGGAGGCACCAAAUGGUGGCUGUUGCUGAGGCUGGAUAUCGCGCAAUUGCCAUUGAUUUUAGAGGUUACGGUAUGUCUGAUCAGCCACCUGAGCCUGAAAAGACAACCUUAACUGACUUUGUCGAGGAUGUCGUAGGUGUAAUCGACUCUUUGAGAAUUGAAAAGGUUUUCCUAGUGGGGAAGGACUUUGGAGCUAUCAUAGUGAGUCUAGUAUCCGUACUCCACCCUGAACGAUUGUCUGGCUUCAUAACCUUAGGAGUUCCUUUCAUGCUACCCGGGCUGACUGCUGUCAAUUCAGAUCAUUUUCCUAAAGGAUUCUACAUCAUACGGUGGAAGGAGCCAGGCAGGGCAGAGGCAGAUUUUGGUAGGUUUGACGUUAAGACAGUGAUAAGAUAUAUCUACAUACUGUUUUCAGGGAGCGAGCUUCCAUUAGCUGGAGAUGAUCAGGAAAUACUGGACCUUGUUGCUCCAAGCACUCCACUACCCCCCUGGUUCUCUGAACAAGACCUUUCGACUUAUGCAAGAUUGUAUGAAAAUUCUGGAUUCCGUACAGCCCUGCAAGUUCCAUAUAGGAGCAUGUACCAAAGUAUUGAUAUUCCAAAUCCACAAGUCAAAGCUCCAGCACUGCUUAUCAUGGGCGCAAAAGAUUAUGUCUUAAAAUUCCCAGGCAUGGAGGAAAACAUAAAAAGCGGAGCAAUCAAGAAGAGUGUGCCUGACCUGGAGAUUGUCUUCAUGCCAGAAGGAAGCCAUUUUGUUCAAGAACAGUUGCCCGACAAGGUUAAUGAACUCCUCAUAUCCUUCAUCAACAAACAUACCACCCAGUAGAAUAAUUUGUUUUACAGAAGAUAUACUAUAUGUACUGUGAUGCUGUGCUCAGUAAGAGCUGUAGUACUUUUCAUUUGGUUUUGAUGUUGAACUGUAAUAAUUCAGUUAUUCCGAAAGACUUGACCAGCUUAUAAUUCAGUAAGCGAUGAGAUUAGAGAAACAUACUGAUAUGAUCUGAGAUAGCUUUUUCCAGCAAUAAAGACUUGUAUUCCAUGAUGAA